AUGGAACAGGUGUCGUCUAUUCUAGGUAACAUAUUGUCAGUUGAGGAGGGGACAACGCAACCACAUUCACAAUCCAAAACACUGCUGAAUCGUAGCUCCAUAGAUGAAUCAUCAGAAACAUUAUCGAAAAAACCACAGCGAAGAUCCAAAGAUUUUGAUUUUUCUUCAUUUUGGAAAACAAGUGAUAAAGAACAACAUGACAUAAAUACAGCAAACAGCGAAGGUGGCGGGGAAGGUGAUUCUCGAAUUGUUGGAGAUAAAACAUCAAAGAAAGUGCCUUCUAAUUUGUUAGAUCCAGAAAGCAAUGCCACUACUACACCGUUACCAGCACCGAGCUCGUCGUCAUCGGCACAAUACAUGGCAGAUAAGUUGAUGGAGAAAGUGAUUUCAAUGAUGAUUUCCAACGAAGUAGUUGAUGAGCAAACAAGUAAAAUUCUUCAAGAUCGAAUACAGAUGCAGAAACAACGCCCACCAUUGAGUAUUGCAUUAAUGCAGAAUAACAGCAAUGAGUUACAUCGACGCAAUUCCGACAUGUAUAUUUUCAUAGAUCAUGUGGAAAAGUUUUUCAGUUGGCAGGAUCCUUUUUAUACGGUGGGAUGGUUGUUAAUAAUCACUCAUUUGAUUUUGAAUCCAUACUUGUUUAGUGUUUUGCCGUUAAUUCAGUUAAUCACUUCUACAAUGGUGCCACAUUAUUUAAUGAUUUAUCCACCAGAUGGUGUUACCAAUCAAGAGUAUUUGGAGGUAAACCCAAAACCUUCAGACAAACCAUUGAAUCUAUACAAGGUACCAAAACCUGUCCCUUUAUUUUCUCGUGAAUUUUUCAUGAAUUUUACGGACACACAAAAUUUUAUGACCUUGAAUAUCAAAUUGUUUGAUUUUACAGUAUGGUUAACGUCUGAUUACUUAUAUUUUAAGAAUGAACAAAUCACAUCGGGAAUAUAUAUUAUUUGUGUGGCUUUAAUAUUUGGGAAUUUGUAUUUGAUGCCAUAUAUUGUUCCAUUCCUAUUGAACCAUUUUAUAAUUGUACAACUAAGUUUUAUUUUCAAUAUCUGGGCAAUCACAGCAAUUUUGCAUCCAUAUCCACGAGGAUUAUUAUUAGAAUGGAUUUAUAAGGAGGAUACAAGAUUGAACUUUCAGCAUUUUGUUAAUAAAAUAGAAGAUAAGUUGACAAAGUUUAUAGUGAAAACCCCUACAUUGGAACAAUCUAUAACAAACACAAAUUUACAGCAUGCAACUAAAGAUAUUGGAUCAAGUGGCGAUGAAACUUUGGAAGAUAAUGAUACAAAAUAUGUUGAGAUAUAUGAAUUACAAAAGUUAAAUACUAAGAACAAAAUAUGGGAAGCUGUUGGGUUUACACCUAAUUUCUAUACCACUAACGAUGUGACUCGAAGAUAUAACUCUGUAAUGCAGGAAUUAGAACAGAAUGACAAAUCGCAUUCACAUUCUAAUGAGGAUCAUCACCAAGAACUCCACAAAUUACCUUUGCAUAAACGAGAUACACUUUCUGAGAUUAGUCCGCCACAAAAUUACAAGUUUAUCCCAUCAGAAAAAUGGAAAAUUGAUUAUGAUAUUAGUACUUGGGUUGAAAACAAUUUGAUUCAAGACCUUGUUAUUGUUGAUGAUGACGAAAAAUGGGCAUAUGACGUGAUCACCGAAGUUAAUCAAGACCAUGACGAAAUGAAUGGGAAACAACUUGAUAAGGCAAUCAAUGAAAUGACUAUGGAUGAAAUUGAAAAAUUGACCGAUUUAACAAAAAGUACAGAGUUUUUUAGGAGAAGAAGAUGGAUUCGAAAAGUGACAAGAAUGAAUUAUAAGGAUUUUAAAGAGGCAUCAGUACCAUUAAGUUCCAUUAGUGCCUGGGUUUAA